AAGUAAUAACCCCCAUGAGGCCAUCACCAUACAUCAAAAUUUCCAUUUAAUUAAUCAAAUAAUUGCAACCAAACUUCUAAGAAAGUGCAGUAAAGUUAAGUCUUCGUCAAUAUAGUAAUUUCCAUUUCUUCACUACACUAACCUUAUAUAUAUGAACAUGAUGAUAACAAAAAUGAAACAAACACAAAUCAAAUUUAAUCCAAACAUGGUUGGAGGUUUAGUUGGAGACAACAUAGGAUUGAAUGAAGAGGUUAUCAAGAAAACAUGUAGUUUAUCUUUCAAAGCUCACAAGUCACCAAAUCAACCUUAUAUUUAUGAAACUUUUAGGACAUCCUCGGAUUUAACAGAAUAUCUUGUUAUAAGCUUUCCUGGAUCAUGGGUUGAAACUGAUUGGUUUGUUAGAAAACCUUUUGGAGAAACUAAGAUAGAUCUUGCUCAGUUUCCUUUACUUAAAAGUGUUGGUAAUGAUGAAACUGCUUUGGUUAAUGAAGCUUUCUUAAACAGAUUCGAUCGUUUGUUGAAAUUUUCCUCAAUUAUAUCCGAGGUAAACAAAGCUAUGGCAGAAGGGAAGCAAGUAGUGUUUGCAGGGCACUCUUCAGGAGCUGUUUUGGCCAUUCUUGCAACAUUUAGGGCCUUGGAAGAGAAUCUUAACUCUAACAAAACCAACCAAAUUCAGCACAAGUCACCCAUGUGUGUAACUUUUGGUUCUCCCUUGAUUGGUAAUCAUAUAUUCUCUCAUGCUUCAAACCGAGAAAAUUGGUCUCGUUACUUCAUACACUUUGUCAUGAGAUAUGAUAUAGUGCCAAGGAUUUUUCUUGCUCCUUUCUCUUCUAUUGAAAAACUUUUUAGUUCUGUUCUUCAGCUUUUAACUCCCAAGAACAACAAAUCUGAACCUUCCUUCACUCAAGAUUCGAUAGAAGACAGUGUGAGUUGUGAAUUUUACUCUACUGUCAUGAGGAAUGUAGCGACUGUUACGAGCCAUGUUGCUUGUAAUCUAAUGGGAAGCACAAAUUUGUUGUUGGAGACUAUGACAAAUUUUGUUGAGUUAAGUCCUUAUAGACCCUUUGGAACUUACAUCUUUUGCGACGGUAAUGGACAGUUGAUUGUGGUAAGAAACUCAGACGCCGUUUUACAACUCAUGUUCCACAUUGCUCAGCUAAGAGAUUUGAAACAACUUUCUGAAGUUGCCAACAAAAGCAUACUGCAACAUCUAGCCUAUGAAGCUGAAUUAGAGGAGAGCUUGGGAAUGCAAAAUGUGGUGUACUUAAACAAACUUGACAUCCUUCCCUUAUCUGCUAAAGAUGGUCCUGAUAUCGACAUUGCAGCUGCCUUGGAUAGUCUUGGACUGAACGUAAGAGCACGGUUAUGCCUUCGAGCAGCUGGUGAGUUAGAAAAUCAAAAGGAAAGAAAUGAGGAGAAAAUAAAAAAGGAAAUUCAAGAUAAGGCUUUGGCAAGCAUGAGUGAUUUGGAAGAAUACAAAGCUACAUGUGAGACAAACAAUGGAAAAGGUUACUAUGAUGCCUUCAAAGUGCAAAAAGAGGCAAAGGAUUUCCAAGCAAAUGUGAAGAGGCUUGUGCUGGCAGGAGUAUGGGAUGAGAUAAUUGAAAUGCUUAAGAGGUAUGAACUACCAGAUGAGUUUGAAGGGAAAAAAGAAUGGAUUGGACACGGAACCAGGUUCCGUCGUCUUGUUGAGCCUCUAGAUAUUGCCAAUUAUCACCGGCAUUUGAAGAAUGAGGACACGGGACCUUACAUGAACAAGGCUAGGCCAAAGAGGUAUAGGUAUACUCAGAGAUGGUUGGAGCAUGCAAAUAGGUUGCCAAAAGAAGAAAUCACAGAAUCGACUUUUUGGGCUGAGGUGGAGGAGCUUUGCAGCUGGAUUAGUAAUAAUAAACCUUUUGAAGAUGUCAAGGAAAGGAUUCUCAAACUUGAGCAAGAUAUUAAAAAGUGGACUGAUAAAGGGGUACUAACCAAGGAUGUGUUCUCAAAGGAUCCAACUUUCAUAAAGUUAUGGGAAUGUCUACCUCAUGAACACAAAUCUACGUCCGGCAUCUCCUCUCUCUUUACUGUUAAAGGAUAGCUCAUGUAGAUAUCGUAAUUUUCAACUCAAAACGAAGAACACGAAUUCACAUCCUACAUCUAGGCUCUUUAUUGUUAAAGGAUAAAUCACCUUGCUAUCUUGAUUCAACUAAAAUACAGUAUCCUCCCUUUGUGAUGUAUAUUCUUAAUAUUAUCAGUCUCAUCUCAUGUAUGGCAUUAUUGCGAGUAUCAACCACGUUUCGUUCACACUAUUGUACUUGAUAAAAGUUAUUGAUUAGUCUUUCAAAUAUUGGCAUUGAUUAGCUUUCAAAAGAGAAAUACAACUGAAAUAUGUCAUGUUAGUUA